GACCGCUUCUGUGAGCGCGGGGAGGGGCUCGAAAGUUCGGGCGAGCAGGGUGAGCAGAAUUGGGAGAGCUGCGGGCACCUCAGACUCGAGGCGGGGGUCCUGGGAGCGGCCCCUGCGCGUCGAGACACUCUUGAGCUGGUGGGGAGGGCCCGGCCUGUGGGUCCCCAGGGGCCUGACGGGGAAGGGCGCCUGGGAGUGCAGGAAGCAAAUUGGCUGCCAGGUGUGCAGGAGGGACAGGUGGUUUGGGCUGUCCAGGAAACGUAUCUGAACGGGAAGGGGUCUCAGGAGGGAGAGGGACCCCCCGAGGGGCACAGGACCCGCAGGCGCAGGCGUAGGAGGAGGUGGUAACCCGCAGGCCACCAGCUUGGCACUGGGAUCCCUCCUGGGCCGAAGGGAGUACAGGAUGUAGGAGGUUGGGGAUUGGGGCACAGAACAGCACUGUGAACCUGAGAGCUUCUGAAGCCAUUGCCCAAGGGCAGGAAGUGGCCUGCAGGAUCCUCUUCUGUUUCUUCAUCCUGGGCAUCAUCGAAGAUUUUUCUGCAGGGAGGCAGCUGAAAGAGGCAGGCCACGGCCCCAUUGACCUGAUCAGAGUUGAGUUCUGUGGAGAUGCCGGCAGCUCCAGCUCGUCGGUUCCCUGGCCUAGAGCUCUCCUUCCCUCUCCUGGCCAGACUUCGGCGACGGCUGUACACAAGGCUGGGGAGCAGCAGCAUGCAGCCAGAGGAGGGCACAGGCUGGUUGCUGGAGUUGCUGUCUGAGGUGCAGCUACAGCAGUACUUCCUUCGCCUUCGGGAUGACCUCAAUGUUACCCGUUUGUCCCACUUUGAAUAUGUUAAGAAUGAGGACCUGGAGAAGAUUGGCAUGGGCCGGCCUGGCCAACGGCGRCUGUGGGAAGCUGUGAAGAGAAGGAAAGCCAUGUGCAAACGCAAGUCCUGGAUGAGCAAGGUAUUCAGUGGAAAGCGRCUGGAGGCUGAGUUUCCCCCUCACCACUCUCAGAGCACCUUCCGGAAACCCUCGCCCACCCCGGGGGGUCCAGUGGGCGAGGGGCCCCUGCAAAGCCUCACCUGCCUCAUUGGGGAGAAGGACCUGCGCCUCCUUGAGAAGCUGGGAGAUGGCUCCUUUGGCGUAGUGCGCAGGGGCGAGUGGGAUGCCCCUGCAGGGAAGACGGUGAGUGUGGCUGUAAAGUGCCUGAAGCCGGAUGUGCUGAGCCAGCCAGAGGCCAUGGACGACUUCAUCCGGGAAGUCAAUGCCAUGCAUUCACUUGACCACCGAAAUCUCAUUCGCCUCUAUGGUGUGGUGCUUACACCACCCAUGAAGAUGGUGACAGAGCUGGCACCUCUGGGAUCUUUGUUGGACAGACUACGUAAGCAUCAGGGUCACUUCCUCCUGGGGACUCUGAGCCGCUAUGCUGUGCAGGUAGCUGAAGGCAUGGGCUACCUGGAGUCCAAGCGCUUUAUUCACCGUGAUCUGGCUGCCCGAAAUCUGCUAUUGGCUACCCGUGAYUUGGUCAAGAUUGGGGACUUUGGACUGAUGCGAGCACUACCCCAAAAUGAUGACCACUACGUCAUGCAGGAACAUCGCAAGGUGCCCUUUGCCUGGUGUGCCCCUGAAAGCCUGAAGACACGUACUUUUUCCCAUGCCAGUGACACCUGGAUGUUUGGGGUUACGUUGUGGGAGAUGUUCACCUAUGGCCAGGAGCCCUGGAUUGGCCUCAAUGGCAGUCAGAUUCUGCAUAAGAUUGACAAGGAGGGGGAGCGCCUGCCCCGGCCUGAAGACUGCCCCCAGGACAUCUAUAAUGUCAUGGUCCAGUGCUGGGCUCAUAAGCCGGAAGACAGACCCACCUUUGUGGCCCUGCGGGACUUCCUGCUGGAGGCCCAGCCCACUGAUAUGCGGGCCCUUCAGGACUUUGAGGAACCUGACAAGCUACACAUCCAGAUGAAUGAUGUCAUCACUGUCAUUGAGGGAAGGGCUGAAAACUACUGGUGGCGUGGACAGAACACACGGACGCUGUGUGUAGGACCCUUUCCUCGCAAUGUGGUGACCUCCGUGGCUGGUCUGUCAGCCCAGGACAUUAGCCAGCCCCUGCAGAAUAGCUUCAUCCACACAGGGCAUGGCGACAGCGACCCUCGCCACUGUUGGGGCUUCCCUGACAAGAUUGACGAAYUGUAUCUGGGAAACCCCAUGGAUCCUCCUGACCUGUUGAGUGUGGAACUGAGCACCUCCCGACCCACCCAGCACCUAGGAAGGGUGAAAAGGGAGCCUCCACCUCGCCCACCUCAGCCUGCCAUCUUCACUCAGAGUAAGUGGGGCUGCUCAGGAUGCCUUGGCCCCUGCCCUCGCCCCCUUUCUUCUCUCACUUCUCCUCUCUUCCUGGAAGAACCAACCUAUGAUCCUGUGAGUGAGGACCAAGACCUCCUGUCUGGUGACUUCAAGAGGCUGGGCCUGCGGAAGCCAGGUCUGCCCCGAGGGCUGUGGCUGUCAAAGCCCUCAGCCCGGGUGCCCGGCACCAAGGCAGGCCGCAGCAGUGGGGGCGAGGUCACGCUCAUUGACUUUGGUGAGGAACCUGUGAUUCCAGCCUCUCGGCCCUGUGCACCCUCUCUGGCACAGCUGGCCAUGGAUGCCUGCUCUUUGCUGGACAAGACCCCUCCACAGAGCCCUACACGGGCACUACCACGACCCCUGCAUCCCACGCCUGUGGUGGAUUGGGAUGCACGCCCGCUUCCUCCUCCCCCUACCUACGAUGAUGUGGCCCAAGACGAAGAUGACUUUGAGGUCUGCUCCAUCAACAGCACCCUGGUGGGUGCAGGGCUUCCUACUGGGCCCAGGCAGGGAGAGACCAAUUACGGCUUUGUGCCAGAGCAAGCGCGGCUCCCUGCUGCCCUGGAGGACAACCUGUUCCUCCCACCCCAGGGUGGGGGCAAGCCUCCCAGCUUGGCCCAGACCUCGGAGAUCUUCCAGGCACUGCAGCAGGAGUGUAUGCGGCAGCUCCAAGUUCCAACUGGCUCACUGGCCCCCUCACCCAGCCCAGGGGCUGAUGAUAAGCCCCAGGUGCCUCCCCGGGUACCCAUCCCCCCUCGGCCCACACGCCCACGUGUUGAGCUGUCUCCAGCCCCCUCAGGUGAGGAGGAGAUAGGUCGGUGGCCUGGACCUGCCUCUCCUCCCCGCAUACCUCCCCGGGAACCUCUGUCCCCUCAAGGCUCUAGGACCCCCAGCCCCCUGGUACCACCUGGUGGUUCCCCCCUGCCACCCCGGCUCUCAAGCUCACCUGGGAAGACCAUGCCCACUACCCAGAGCUUCGCUUCAGACCCCAAGUAUGCUACACCCCAGGUGAUCCAGGCUCCUGGCCCACGCACAGGUCCCUGCAUCUUGCCCAUUGUCCGGGAUGGCAAGAAGGUCAGCAACACCCACUAUUACCUGUUGCCUGAGCGCCCGCCCUACUUGGAGCGCUACCAGCGUUACCUGCGUGAGGCCCAGAGCCCUGAAGAGCCGGCCCCUCUGCCUGUGCCCCUGCUGCUGCCCCCACCCAGCACCCCAGCCCCUGCUGCCCCCACUGCCACUGUUCGACCAAUGCCCCAGGCUGCCCCAGACCCCAAGGCCAACUUCUCCACCAACAACAGCAAUCUAGGUACCCGGCCACCAUCCCUGAGGGCCACUGCUCGGCUGCCACAGAGGGGCUGCCCUGGGGAUGGGCCAGAGGCUGGCMGGCCAUCUGACAAGAUCCAGAUGCUGCAGGCCAUGGUGCAUGGGGUGACCACAGAGGAGUGCCAGACGGCCCUGCAGAGCCACAGCUGGAGCGUGCAGAGAGCUGCCCAGUAUCUGAAGGUGGAGCAGCUCUUUGGGCUGGGUCUGCGGCCACGUGUGGAGUGCCACAAAGUGCUAGAGAUGUUCGACUGGAACCUAGAGCAAGCUGGCUGUCACCUUCUGGGCUCCUGUGGCCCUGCCCACCACAAGCGCUGAGAGGUGUCUGGAGAUUGAGAUUCUGCUCUGAAGGAAUCACUUGAGCCUAUCCAUGUGACUAGGGUAGGGAGACACUCCCACCCAGGCCUGGAGGAACUGCUGCUAUCUGCUGCUCCCAGUGGACAGAGUAAAGCCAAGGCAGCAGGAGGCUGAGAAUCCUGCCUUGCCCAUCUCCCCAACCAAGCACUGACCCUGCACACUUUGGUUUAGACCUCAGUGUCCCAGCUAAGAGGUGGGAAGGAGCCCUGUAACAAGCUGGGGGCUGCCUCAGCAGGCCCUAUGUGUGACUUGCCUCUGGCUCCAGUCUUUGACAGGGCCUGUGACAGGGAUGUGUCCUCAGGCCCUGCCCAGGGGAACAAGACUGAGAGGAAACCAGGCAUGUCCUAGGCAGGGAGGAUAUAUUGACCCUACAGAAAGGUGGGUCAGCACCUGGAAAACCCUAAGGGCUGGGCCCUUUUCCAGAGAGCCUCUGGCAGUCAGUUGGGGGUGCCAGACAGAAUGUGACUUGUGGCCUCACCGUGGACAUGUUAUGAGGCUUGUUUGGUCUUAGAAUCUUGUACCUGGAUAUAGCUCAUGGUUGUUUAGGAAGCAGAGAGGGGUGCCAGACCAUCUUCUGGCAGGGACCAGGGCCGUAGGCCCCAGGGUUGGAAGGAGACCAAUGGAGCAUCUGCCCUGGGGGAAUACCAGUGCUUCCUGUUUGAUCCUAUUCCACGCCCCGCCCCGUGCCAUCCAUAUUUUCCCACCAGCCUCUGUGGCCAAAGUUGCUGCCCCAGCUAUCGAUACUGCUUCUUCCAGAGAAAUAAAGUUASUUUCUAUUUUA